GUCCACUGUUGCUCCAUGACACUUUUCUUUUCUCCCAUUUCAGACUCUGACCAGCUGAGAGACAUGGCAUCCAAAAUGUCAAGAGGUCCUGCUGACUUGAGGAUCGUUCUGGUUGGGAAGACAGGGGCGGGGAAGAGUUCAGCAGGAAACACCAUCUUGGCCAGAGAGGCUUUUAAAGCUGAACUGUCCUCCGGUUCUGUGACAUCUGAAUGCAAGAAAGCAAGAGGAGAGGUUGGAGGGAAGAAGGUUGCAGUCGUCGACACUCCAGGGCUGUUUGACACGCGUUUAAACAAUGAAGAAGUGUUGAAAAGGAUCACGAUGUGUAUCGGUAUGUCCUCUCCUGGUCCUCAUGCCUUCCUGGUGAUUCUUCAGAUCGGCAGGUUCACAGAGGAAGAGAAACAAACUGUGAAAAUGAUUCAAGACACAUUUGGUGAAGAUGCAGAUAACUACACAAUGGUGCUGUUUACCCAUGGAGACAAGCUGAAGAAACAAACCAUUGAACAGUUUGUUUCAAAGAGCGACGGCCUGCAAGAAAUCAUUCAGAAAUGUCAUGGUCGUUAUCACGUCUUCAACAACGAGGUGGAAAACCCGUGUCAAGUCAUUGAGCUUCUGAAGAAGAUAGACAGGAUGAUCAAGGAUAAUGGUGGGUCGUACUACACCACAGAGAUGUACAUAAAAGCAGAGGAAGAAAUAGAGAAGAAGAAACAACAAAUCCUGAAAGAGACUGAGGCACAGAAGAAGAAAGAGAUGGAGGAACUGAAAGCCAAAUACUCUGGGGAGAUGUUGGAAAUGCAAAAAGAAAUUGUGAGAUUAAGACAUGAGGCUGAAGCAAGAGCUAACGCUGAACGUCAAUGUACAGUACAACCCGUCCACAACCCCUGUCUACUCCCCUGUGUAAUUAUAUAGCAGCUUCUCUGGUGUGAGAUAGUAUACAGUAUAAUGUCAGUGAGUUAGCUACAACUUGUUAUUUUCAGACUAAAUUAGUUUCCUUGUAGGCCCAGUGUCUGAAUGAUGAGUCAGCAGCUCCUGAUGGAUGUACAGUCAACUAUCACUGGAUUACUUUGAGUUAAAAACAAGUUAUGAUUUCUAAGCCGAUUUCUGAAAUCGUCCUUACUUUGUAGGUUAAAGGGUAACUACCGUUUUUUUCACGUUUUUGUGUCUAUGUGCCUGAUGGG